CUUUCCGUCCGUGGACGACUACCGCAGUAGUCAUCCUCGUUACGGAGUUCCAAAAGUGUUAGAGAGAGAGAGAGACGUCUCCAUCUCUCGACAUCAUAUUUCACGUCCUUCGUCACUUUCUUUCGUUCAUCCUCUUCUUCAGCGACGAAAUGGAGGGGUGCGUGAGAGAGAAAAGGCCACGGCCGACGCAGAUCGCAGCGAGUGAGGGAGAUGAUCAAGAGGAAGAGAUGGGGAAGUUCUACGCUGUGCUUGCAAACAUCAGAGCAGCGAGAGAUGAUCUGUCGAGGACAACUGCGACCAGGAGGCUGAAGAGGGAGGCGGUGCCGCUUUGGAAGCCGAGGUUCGUGAUGGAGGACUUCCGCCAUGGCAGGGAAGUUGAGAGCUCGGUGGCGGGGGCAUCGGAUCCUUGGGAACAGAAGACAGGAACUGAGAAGGAAAAGGAAGGAGUAGGAGAAGAAGAGAGGAAUUUGGAUCUCAGUCUCUCUCUCAAAUGCUUGUAAUUAAUCCCACUGCUCCAUCACUGAAACGAGACUUCUCUCACUCGAAAUAUGUAGUUAUCAUUCCUCCAAUGUGUAUGAAGAACCUGCUUUUUUAUAUUAA